AUGGCGCAACGAAGCCAGGCUAGGCUGCCUGGCAGCGGAGCUCGAGGCACCGCACACCCAGGGUGCUCCAAACCCCGAGUGGCGGGUCGGGGAAUCCAGCUUGACAGCAGCUCGAACCCGCUGCCCAGCAGCAAAAGGAUGCGCACCGCCUUUACCAGCACGCAGCUGCUGGAACUGGAGCGUGAGUUCGCCUCUAACAUGUACCUGUCCCGCCUGCGCCGCAUUGAGAUCGCAACCUACCUGAACCUGUCGGAGAAGCAGGUGAAGAUCUGGUUCCAGAAUCGCCGCGUGAAGCACAAGAAGGAGGGCAAGGGCGGUCACCCCCGCGGCAGCGGGGGCGCGGGGGGCGCGGGGGGAGGCGGGGGCGUGCCCCCGGCCUGCAAGUGCGCGUCGCUCUCCUUGGCCAAGGGCUCCGAAGAUGACGACGACCUCCCCUUGUCUCCGUCCUCAUCCGGCAAGGACGAACGGGAUCUCACCGUCACGCCCUAG